UAGCAGCCGUAUCAAUCCAGUGCAACAGCUCCAGGGCGACAGUUGCUACUCCUUCUUGUCAUCCAUCCAUCCAUCCUCUCAACAGCAUGAAGCAGUUUGUGGUCUUCUCCGUUCUGGCCGUGAUUGGCGGCUCCCUGGCUGCUCCUCGUCCGGAUGUCAGCCAUCUGGCGGGCUACAGCUACCAGGCGGGUGGCUUCAAUGGCGGCGGCCUGGUGGCCAACCAGGUGAUCAGCGCUCCUCUGGCCACGGUGACCACCUCCUAUCAGCCGACGGCCGCCGGCAGCAACUACUUCAGUUCGGCACCCACCAUCGGUCAACUGAACCUGGGAUCCGCUGGCUCCUCGGGAUCCUUAGGAUCCUCGGGCUCCUCCUUUGGCUACCAGGUUAGCGGCGGCGGCUCUGGAUCCUCCAACUACCAGCAGAUCGAAUCCUCCUCCGGCGGCGGCGUCGGCGGCGGAAUUGUUAGCGACAGCAUCGGCCUGACCGGUCUGCAGCCUGGACCCACCAUCAACUACAACGAACAGGAGUCGUACAUCAGCCACCUGGCCAACUUCCAGCCCGCCCAGAUCAACAAGCAUUUCUACAUCCACAGUGCUCCCGAGGAUCACGAUGAGCAGCAGAUCGUCCGCUAUGUGAACGUGGGCCGGCCCCAGAAGAACUACCGCGUGGUGUUCAUCAACGCACCCACCUCCACCACCAGCAAGGCCAAGAUCAUUGCCAAUGUGGCUCCCGUGGAGGAGAAGACCGCCAUCUAUGUGCUGUCCAAGAAGUCCAACGCUCUGGAUGUCAGUGCCGAGGUGGUCACACAGCGUCCGGUGGCCAACAAGCCGGAGGUCUUCUUCGUCAAGUACAAGACGCCCCAGGAGGCGGCCCAUGCCCAGCAGACCAUUCAGGCCAACUAUGAUGCUCUGGGCGGAAGCUCUGAGACCAGCAACGAGGGUGUCAUUCCCGUUUCCUCCGUGAUCGGCAGCCUGGGCGACAAUGGAGCCUCCGGCGUGGUGACCGAUGCCAGUGGCAGCCUGAACAUCGUGGGCACCGGCGGAGUUCCCACCAUCGAUGGAGGAGCCUCCUACGAGGCGGAGGGAAGCCAGCGCCAGGUGAUCAGCACCGUGACCACUGGCACCAAUGCCCAGGCCACCUAUCUGCCAGUGAGGCCGGUGAGGAAGUAGGCGAAUCAAU